UUAAUUUCUAUAUUUAACUUAAAAAAUGCGAAUAAACAAUUUUUCUUCAAAUUCCAGCUGUGGAUAUGGAUUUUGAGUACAAAUUCCAGAAAAUUGAUAAAAUCGUUUCAUUUGACUUUAAAUCGGUUGAAGAUCUAGAUGUAUUGGUUGAUUCUAUUAUAAAUGACCCAAAUUGUGCAGUACAUAAUUCACUGUCGUCAAAGGAGAAGGAUUUGGAAAUAGUUGAUGAUUUAAUUCACUUGAUAGAGGAAAUAAAAGAACGUUCAGUAAAGAACUUAAAUCAUAAAUAUAAAGAUUUGAUAUAUUUAAUAGUGUCAACGUGUUUAUCGCAGAAUUAUGAAACUCCGUCAAGCCAUCUUAUACAGCGUCUGUAUAAAAGAGGUUUCUCUACUAAUUUGUCAGACUCAUUUGUUAAAUUUUACUGUAAUUUGGUGAAAGAAAAUGAACCAGAAGAAUUUGAGUACAGUAGCUGCCUUGGUAAAAGUGACUCCAGCCUCCUUUUAUGUUGCACCGUAUUGAAGUAUUUGUCAAAGUUUCUAUACGUAGACCAGUGUGAAGGAGAAUUUUUUAUUUGCAUCGACUCGUAUGUAUAUUAUAAUGUGGUCAGAAGAACAAUCUCGCUCAUGUUUGGCUCAUAUUUGAAUUAUGGAAACUGUUGGAAUUUUAACGCACUGUCAAACCUCUUCCACCCUCUCAGUAGGACAAACUUGCCAUGCUUGAUCCUAUAUUUAAUCAUAGAUUUGAUACCUGAAGUUGUAAAGAUCGAACUUUUGGAACAACUCUCAUCCUACUAUUCAGAUUACGAGCUUAUGAGAACUCUCCACAUAAACCAAAUCACCCAGUUAUCUGGCUGUAUUUCAAGACUGUUGCACAAUACAUUCGUGUCUUGUACCAAGGCAUGUGUGGGUAAAUCAAUUUCUAAUACAUUGUCAGCGUUGUUGACAAAGGGAAUAACCUCUGGACUAUCGACACUCGACCCGAUUAUAAGGCUUUCCACAAUUAUAGUAGCUGAGUCAUACUCAGAAUUCCUUUAUAAUAAUACUUUUGUAAAAGACGAAUCAGCACUGCUUAAGUUUGACCAGGAGUAUAAAGAGCACAUGCCAAAUACAUAUCAACUCGCAGCCUACAAAUCUAGUAUCAUUGUUAACCCAAACUUUUCAAAUAUUAAAAUGAAUCUAUCAGAUGUUUCCAAUUUGUCAGAUAACAUAAAUAAACAAUCUGAUGACGAUAAUAGACCUAGUGAUAACGGAGAAAGACAAACAGAUAGUGUGGAAAACGAAGCAUUUUUGAAAUUAGUAUUUAAAGAAACACCGUCAAUAAAUGCUCAAACAGUAAAAGGGUAUGUGAAGGAGUUGUACCUUAAGCCUCCACAACAUAUAGUUCAAUGCUAUGAAAGGUUACUUUCAAACCCUGCAAGAGGAGAUAUUGAUUACGAAUGUUUAAACACACAGCCGUUAGAUAGACAAGAAGAUGAGAGUGUAGAAAAUAAAAUACUAAGAAUUAGCCAGGCCUUGUUAUAUUUGCCACAAAUUAUAAAGAAAAAUGAAAAAAUGCUGGAGAGAUAUUCAAUACCAAUCUCAGAAUUAUUAUUAAAAUUAGAUGAUUUGGAUUUAUAUAGAGAAAAAAUAGAAGAAAUUGUCAACAAAACUGAGAGAAAAUUAGUAGAUGAAUCAUCAAAUAAAGAUAACGAGUUGGGAGUUAAUUUGGAAUUUGUGUCAAAAGAACCAGAAAAAUUAAUAUUAGUAAGUUUAGCAUUGAUGACAUAUCAGUGCCCACUCCAUUUAUCAGCGUUCUUUACCUCUCACCUGUUUGAUAAUGAUUUUACACUGUCGAUAAGAAUUUCAAUGUUACUUUGCAUACAAUAUACAGCAAUAGCAUUUAAUAAAGCAAUUGAUAUUGAUACAUUAACAAAUAAAAUCCUCAACGACACUUCACAAAUAUCAAAUAAAACUACUCGAUUUGAGUUAACUUCUGUAAAUAAGGAAUUAAUUGGAAAAUCUGGAGUUAACACCAAUAACAUCACUUUAGUUCCUGGGUGUUACCCUGAAAUAAACCCUUCCAACUUCACCUUAUCAAAAAACUUUGUAAAAAACUUCAAUAACGAAUGUGCAAAUCUGUUGAUGAGUUCAUUGUCGUCAUUUUCUAGGAAAAAAGAAUCUGAAAGAUUUCCAAUGGAAGAAGAUAUCGUGGUUGGAAUUUUGGAAACCCUGAUAAUAUUAGUCACUACAGUUAGUGAGGAACAUAUUUUAAAUGAUUUGAAAGAAAUGAGUUCAUAUUUCAAUACGUCAACAACCGGCCAGAGGCUCAAAAAUACACUUGAAUUUCUUUCAAUGGUACUGGAAACAAAUGAAAAUCAAAUAUCCAACUAAUAUUAUAAUACUCAUACUACUAUAAA